UCCAUAUGCUUGCUUGCUGAAUAUAGGAGUUAUUGCUUGAUUGAUUGUUUGAAGAAAGAUAAGUUAUUGGGUUUGAUUACAUGUUGCCGAAAGAGGAAUAUGGCUGCAGGAACUGAUUUCUCACCUCCUUUCGUUGUUGCAUUAGACGGUGGUACUUUUAGUAAGGAAAAUGCAUCUGCACAAGAUGAACAUGAUAAUGAUGAUGAAGUUUUAGGGAACUCAAUCAAUUCUAAGCAUUUGAGAAAUGGAAGACCACCACGACACCUUUCUGUUAUGCGCCAUUCUAUGUCCACUGCUACUGAUUUGGAUUUGAGUGUAAGUUCUGUUGAAAACAAAUCAACUUCAUAUGGGACAUCAGAUUUUUUACCGGUUUUUCGAUCAGGAAGUUGUGCUGAGAAAGGACCUAAGCAAUUCAUGGAAGAUGAACAUAUAUGCAUAGAUAAUCUUUGUCAAUAUCUUGGCUCGAGUAUUGAGUUUACUUCUCCAGGAGCUUUCUAUGGGGUGUUUGAUGGCCAUGGAGGUACUGAUGCAGCAUUAUAUGUUAGAAACAACAUAUUGAAGCUUAUAGUUGAAGACUCUAACUUCCAUGGUUCGGUGGAGAAGGCAAUUGAAAAUGCUUUUAUCGAGGCUGAUCAUGCAUUUGCAGAUGAUGGUUCUCUUGACAUUUCCUCUGGAACUACUGCUUUGAUUGCUUUCAUUCUUGGAAGGACAAUGCUAGUUGCCAAUGCAGGGGAUUGUCGAGCAGUGUUAGGCAAACGAGGAAGAGCAAUAGAAUUAUCAAAAGACCACAAACCGAAUUCAACAUCCGAAAAACCAAGAAUAGAAAAACUCGGCGGUGUUGUAUACGACGGUUACCUUAACGGGCAACUAUCAGUAGCACGUGCACUCGGGGACUGGCACAUGAAGGGUCCUAAAGGUUCAAUAUGCCCCUUAAGUGCAGAACCUGAGUUACUAGAAACUGUAUUAUCAGCAGAAGAUGAAUUCUUGAUCAUGGGUUGCGACGGUUUGUGGGAUGUGAUGAGUAGCCAAUGUGCGGUAACAAUGGCAAGGAAAGAACUGAUUAUACAUAACGAUCCCGAGAGAUGUGCGAGAGAGCUUGUGAGGGAAGCCCUCAAACGCAAUACUUGCGAUAAUCUGACGGUUUUAGUUGUCUGUUUCUCACCUGACCCUCCUCCGCGUAUUGAGAUUCCUCAAACUCGAUUCAGGAGAAGUAUUUCGGCAGAAGGACUUAAUUUUCUAAAAGGUAUAUUGGAUAGUUCUUGAUUGCCUUGUCCCUGCCCCCUAUCGAAUGAAUAUUAUGCACAUAUUUCACGUUUGAGGAAUCUGAAGUGCUCAUAACCGAGUUUGAGCAAUUUCUUCAUGUACGAUGUUAUGCCUAUAAAGAAAUAUGUGUUGUAGUUGUCGUAGAAAUAGUAGUAUUCGAGAUUUGUGUUCUUUCACCUCCAGCUUUUCGCUUAGAAGCUGACAACUUUAACUUUGAUAUUGUAUGGUUUGAGAUUUGGUUCAUCUACUCCUUGCAGUUGGAAAAUAAACAUUUUGUGUUCAGUA